AGGGAGAUGUGCGCUCUGCAAGCAUCUCAUUCAGAUCAGCAGCAGCAUUUCGCCAUGUCACACCGGCGGGUUUCAGGAGACCACCUCAUCUGAUGUGAAAACACCUCGGCUCGUCUGCACAUAUUUAUCAGUUGAGCAGAUUCAUCCGGAGCCGCCUGUGGUGUGUGUGUGUGUGUGUGUGUUUUUCCUCUAGAAUGCGUCCAGGAGCACGUCUUCCUCUUGAUGCUGUGCAGUCCUGUGUGUGUCUGUGUGUCUUAGUUUUCCUCCGUGUUGUGGCUGCUGUGUCUGAAGACGAUGUUUACCAUGCUCAAAAUAAGCAAGGUUCACUCAGGAGCAUCCUUGAUCAUGUGCCCAGUUAUGAGAUUACUUAUCCCAUAUGGCUGCAUCCUCACAGACUCAGGAGGUCCGCUAACAGAGAGCAUCCCACAGAGGCAGACGUCUUGAUUUCAGCCGAGGGCCAGGAGCUGAGACUGCACCUGGACAGAAAUGAGCAGCUGCUGGCACCUGGAUAUCAGGAAAUAUGGUACGGGCCGGAUGGAGUACGCAAGUCGUCCUCUCCUGGAAAUGCUGAUCACUGUUUCUAUCAUGGGGAGGUUCUGGGAAUAGAAGGUUCGAGUGUGGCUGUUAGCACGUGUUCAGGACUCAGGGGGCUGAUUUCUCUGAACACAAGCGUCAGCUACCUGAUAGAACCUCUUCCUGUUUCCAUGGAUGCGCAGCAGCACGCCGUAUUCAGAUCAGAGACUCUUCGCCUCCGCAGGGGUAGCUGCCUCCAUCACCAUGGUAACAAGGAGCCUGAGGAGGGGCUUAAUAACUUCAUCCAUGGAAUGAUGUCACCGCCGAGCAGAAGGGAGAGAAGGGACCUGAGCCAGAAUAUGAAGUAUGUAGAGCUGCUGCUGGUGGCAGACAAGGCUGAGUUUGAGAAGCAUGGGAGUAGUCUCGAGGACACCAAAAUGAAGUUACUGGAAGCAGCAAAUUUGGUCGACAAGUACUACAAGGCUUUGAACAUCCGUGUAGCAUUAAUUGGUCUGGAGGUAUGGACCAACCAGGACAUGAUCAACGUAUCUGACAACCCACACAGCACUCUGGCCUCGUUCCUGUCCUGGAGAGGAAAACAGCUCCGCACUCUCCCCAACGACAACGCUCAGCUCAUCACGGGGAGGUCAUUUCAGGGCACUACCAUCGGGCUGGCACCUCUCAAAGCCAUGUGCUCCGACUACCAGUCUGGUGGAGUGAACACGGACCACUCAGAGUCAGCUGUUGGUGUUGCUGCCACCAUGGCACACGAGAUGGGACACAACUUCGGAAUGAGCCACGAUAUUGCAGGUUGCUGCCAGGCCAAAGCAGAAGACGGAGGGUGCAUCAUGGCUGCUGCAACUGGGCACCCGUUCCCACGUGUGUUCAAUGCAUGUAACAUGAAGGAGCUGAAGAACUACCUGAACUCAGGAGGAGGGAAGUGUCUCUUCAACCUGCCAAACACGAGAUCCAUGUACGGAGGCCAACGCUGUGGUAACGGUUACCUGGAGGAUGGAGAAGAAUGCGACUGUGGAGAAGAAGAGGAGUGCACCAGUCCCUGCUGCAAUGCCAACAACUGCACACUGAAAGCUGGAGCUGAGUGUGCCCAUGGAGUCUGCUGUCAUAACUGCAAGCUGAAGAACCCAGGCGAACUGUGCCGUGCUCCGUCUGGACCAUGUGACCUUCCAGAGUAUUGCAACGGGAAGGAAGAGUCUUGUCCUGCAAACUUCUAUUUGAUGGACGGUGCAUCAUGUGCAGGCGGGAAGGCCUACUGUUACACCGGCAUGUGUCUGACCCUGGAGCAGCAGUGUCGCUCACUCUGGGGCCAAGAUGGUCGUCCAGCCCCUGAUCUGUGUUUUAAGAAGGUCAAUGAAGCUGGGGACAUGUAUGGAAACUGUGGUAAAGAUCUGUUUGGGAAGUACAGGAGCUGUAAUGACAGGGACGCUAAAUGUGGGAAAAUCCAGUGUCUAAGUUCAGCCUCCAAGCCCAUUGAGAACAAUGCUGUUCGCAUAGAAACCACUGUCACUGUGGGCAGCAAGAAGGUUCAGUGUAUGGGAACUCAUGUGUACAAACCAGGGCAGGGGAAUGAAGAUACCCAGGGUGAUACUCUGGACCCGGGUUUGGUCAUGACGGGCACCAAGUGUGGGGAUAACUCGAUUUGCUUUAAUGGAGUGUGCCGCAAUGCAUCAUUUCUCAGAGCUGAUGAAUGCAAUGCAAAGUGCCACGGACAUGGGCUGUGUAAUAACAACCAUAACUGCCACUGUGACCCGGGCUGGGCUCCUCCACUGUGUGACCAGGGGGGGUCGGGUGGAAGUGUCGACAGUGGACCGGUCAUCACUCGCAAUGAUCUCCUUCUGGUCCUGGUGAUCCUGCCACUGGUUCUGUUUGUGGUUGUCGCAGUGGUCGGGCUGUGGUGCUGCUACAGGUACAAGCUCCACCCACUGAAAACCUCUGCUCCACCUCCAGUGCCAAGUUGUUCAGUCCCAGUUGAAGCCAAGCCUCUGACUGAUAGCUGUCAGGUGAACGGUCAUGCCAAUCCAACAUUCUUACUAAAGAAACAGGAGUCAGACCACCUGGGGAAGUCCUCUCCUCGUCCAAGCCCGUCAUGCUCGUCUCGGUCCAGACAUGCUAUUGUGCGUCCAGCUGUGAAACCCCCUCCCAUACCUGCUUAUGCAGUAGAGCAGGGACAGCAGACCCCUCAGAGCCAGACCAAACCCGAAGUUCCACCUCAGAGCCGACGCUCUCCUCAGUCCAGUCCUCCCUUUAAAUCUACACCACAGACCCAGCAGAAACGAAGCCAGGCUCCUCCGCCACCUUCAGGUCCUCCACCUGUACAUUCCCCAAGUCCCAAAACCCUCUCUAAGCCCCGACCGGACCCCCCGAACAGACCUCCACCACCUUGUCCUGUCAAUAAAUCAACAAAUGAAGAGCAAAAAAGGAUAAACCUACAUGUCACCAGCGAUGCUCUGCAGAAAACAAAAGCCACUUUAGCUCCAUCUGCUGGACAGAAGAAGCCAAACAGGACCUAAACCCAGAGCUCAGGGAUUCACUGCAGAUUGAGGACUACAUCAAAUAAUCGACUGCCUCAAAAUGUCUUUGUAACACCUGACCAAGUAAAUGUGGCACUAUGGGAUGCAAUGAAUACUUGACACUUUUGCAGUCCUCCCACUGAUCGGCACUGCAUUUUAUUUAGAGUGAAUGAGUAAAUUACAGCCAGCCAGAGAACAUUUAUUUGAAGAUGAUUUAAGAUGAAUGCUGUACACCUGUUUGACAUCCACAGACUCCUGAUUUGUUUUUGUGUGUGUUGUUAUUGUCUCAGACGUUAAUGGAAAUGUGAAAUUAUUCCAUGUGAGUAUUUAAUCACAAAGAAAAGAAAAGUGAAUGUUUACACUGUAGCCUAUGUUCUAAAUAUGGUGCCUCUUUUAGAGCAUCAGCUGUAAAGGGAUAUCUUAUAUUAAGAAAACAUGCGAAUAGCGAAGUGCUUGCGCUUCUUAUGUGUGAAUAAUAAUGGGAUUUAAACUGGACUAACUGGGACCAGUGAAAGCCCCAUGUGCAUGCUGUAAGUAGGCUAUACGCUUAUGAUGGAGGACACAUCUGAAAUGUAGCAGGAAAUGUAAAGUUUUCACUUUUUAUUACUUUUAUUUUUAUUCUUUUAUCCUUAUAUGGUGCACUUUUACCUGCCUUGUUAAUGAAAGGAGGUUGAUGAAAAAUGUUCUGUAAUUUUCCACUGCUAUUGGUAAUAAACUUUCAAAUCUACAGGUAUUUGAAACCAAAAACGUUUCAGGUAAAGUAUCACCUUCAUGUGACCAUUUAAAACUAUUUCUCAGCUCUUACACUGACAAUCAGUGGGCCAAAGUUGGAAAUUUGAAGUUUACAUUAAAUUGCACCAUAAAUUUUGUUUACGUCCAAUGUUGCAUCUACCAGGAGUAAAUCAUUUUGUGUAAAUAUAUUGUUAUUACAACUGUUUAAUCUGAGUUCCCCGAUGUAACACUGACUGCAGGCUAUGUAACAGUGAUUACUUUGCCAUUAUUGUAAGGUACUGUUAAGAAUCAUAGUCCAGUUUUAAUGUGACUGCCUGGGUAAUUGCCUGGUUUUCUCUGUAACACGGAAAUACAGUCUUUCAGCUGCCAUGUUUUAUCUUCGUAUCAAACCUAUGCAAACUCAGGCACUGUACAACACUGUGUCUUCAACUGGUUAUAGAAAAACAUCAAAAAUAAAUAUAUAAUGCUGCAUAUUUUAA